AUGAAUCGUCCGUAGACGAGUUCCUAUAAAUUGUCGUUCUUAAUAACGUCAGGCACUAGCAGAGCAGUCCCGUUCUUGAGAGUCUCCGGAGGAACUGAAGCAAGACCAUGAUCCGCGCAAGCCUCUUCAUGCUUCUUGCCCUGGCCACCGUCUCUCAGGCAUUCCCCCCUGUUAGGUUCCGGUACCUGAAAGCGAAAGGCGUCCCUCCACGGGGCAAUCGACCAACCACUAAGCCAGCUCCGAAAUCUGACCUCGAACCGGAAACUUCCUUUCUCAUGCCGGUAAUCUCUGUCGGUCCCGUGACACCAGCAUUUCCACCGCCCGUUGUCACAGGACCAUUGCCGUUGCCACUGAUACCGCCGACGACGUCAUUCAUAGCGGCGAAUCCACCAACGACGUCCUUCAUAGCGGCGAAUCCACCAACGACGUCCUUCAUAGCGGCGAAUCCGCCGGCCGUGAUACCAGCGACGUCCGUCGUAGCAGCACCAACUCCAUUUCUGAGCACAGUCACUCGACCCGAGAACCUCACCCUUACGUCGAGGCUCUCAUCGGGACCGAGCGUGACGACCACGGUGUUCCGGGCCCCCGGCGGCGUCUCGGCCACCAGCGUGCAGCGCGUUGAGGGCUCGUCGACCGCCUUCUUCCGCGAAGCGGACACCCUGACGAAGGUCAAGCCCAAGCCAGUCAGCAUCCUCGUUCCAGCAGUUGGCACUGUCCCCCAAGUCGUCCAAGCCGUCCGACCUAUAACGCGCAAGCCCUCCUCGUUCAGCAGCUACCUCAUUUACGGAAAAUAAAAGCGCAGUGAGUCACUGCGGUUGAUGAA